AUGAAGCUGAAUCUGCCGAGUCUGCCCAGCCCCGGCGGCGCCGGCUGGUCCGUGGCGCUGGCCCUGGCGCUGGCGCUGCAGGUGGUGCUGUACCGCAAGACGCUGCAGGACGCCGUGCGCGACGGCCGCAAGCGCCUGCUGGUGUUCAAGACCAUGCACCGGCGCUUCGCCAACCAGCGGCUCAAGCGGCUCAACAGUCUGGGCGACGACCGCAAGUCCCAGUGGAUGUGGAAGAAGGCGGCGGGCGCCGCCGUGUCCGUGGACAGCGACAGCAGCAGCGAGGAGAGCGCGGACGGCACCGGCAGCACGGACGGCCUCAUCUCGUCGCAGAAGAAGCUCGUGCUCGUCAUGGUGGGGCUGCCCGCGCGCGGCAAGAGCUUCGUGGUGCACAAGACGCUGCGCUACAUCGAGUGGCUGGGCUUCCCCACGCGCAUGUUCAACGUGGGCAACCUGCGCCGCAAGCUGGGCAAGGCCGGCGAGGACGCCAAGUUCUUCAGCGCCGACAACUCGGACGCCACGCGGCUGCGCGAGGAAAUGGCCAUGGACGCGCUGGACGACCUGCUCGAGUGGCUCGAGACCCAGGGACACGUCGCGGUGUUCGACGCGACCAACACGACCAAGCUGCGCAGACAACACAUUCUGGAGAAGGUGAGCUCGCACCGCAAUGUCCGCGUCAUGUUUGUGGAGAGCAUUUGCGACAACGAGGAGCUGCUCGAGGCCAACUACCGUCGGAAGCUCUCGAAUGCGGACUACAAGGACAAGGACCCCGAGGUGGCGCUGGCUGACUUCCGGCAGCGCGUCAUGGAGUACCAGAAGGUCUACGAGACUGUGGAGGAUACGGAGGAUGGCGGUAACGCGUGCUACGUGAAGGUGUACAACGCUGGCGAGAAGAUUCAGGCGCGGUACUGCCAGGGCUUCCUGCAGAGCCACAUCGUGUCGCUCCUGCAGAACAUUCACCUUUGUCCGCGCCGGAUCUGGCUGGUGCGCCCUGGGCCCAGCAUCACAAGCUGCAAGGGCAUCUUGGGGCUCGACACCGAGCUGGCGCCCGAGGGCCACCGAGUCGCGCGUGCCAUUGCGCGGUUCGUGGAGAAGCUGCAGCUCGAGCGCCCCAUGGAGGUAUGGACGAGCCCCAUGAAGCGCGCGAGAGAAACGGCCAACUACCUCCCCACCCGCAACUUGAAGCGCUACGUGACCACCACGCUGCUCAACGAGCUCGGCGGCGGCGACUUCGAGGGCCUCACGUACGACGAGAUCGAGCGCUUUUACCCGAAGCACUACGCGGCGCGGCUGCAGGACAAACUGCGUUACCGCUACCCCGGUGUGGGCGGCGAGAGCUACGUGGAUGUGAUCUCGCGCUUGCGCUCGCUGAUCGUGGAGUUCGAGCGCAAGAAGCGCGACGUGCUGGUGAUCUGCAGUGAGUCCAUCCUGCGCUGCCUUAUGGGCUACUUCGCUGGCUGUGAGGCCGCCAAGGUGCCGCACCUGCAGUCCUACGAGGACACGGUCAUCGAGCUGAGCCCGCACCGGGACGGCUGCGACAGCAAGCUCAUUCCGCUCGAGUUCGAGGAGGACGCUGUGGAGGAUGUCUCUCAUGUGCAGUAAAUCACCGUCCGCUCCACUGUGCAGCUACGCGGCUGAGAUAACGAGGGGGAUCGAAGCUCAGCUUGGACGACGCCUCAGAAGUACAACUACAUUGCACUCGUUGCAUAUAAACCACCCCACUUAUCUAGUCGGGCACUCAAGGGAAGGGCCUCAGCAUUUUGUACAUACGCCGAGGACCGGGAAAGCAAAAUAUACCUCUCUGGGCUUUC